AUGUUCAGUGUCGGAGUGAACAAGGAGCAGGGCUGUCGAAUGCAAAAAGAAGCGUUGUGUGGUGGGCAGCUCAAGCAACACAAAGAAGAUGAAAUUGUGAUCAUCUAUAUACACAUGUAUAACAACAACCUGGCUCUCGAUAUAGCUGUGGCUGUGGAGACUCUACACGAACCUGAGCCAACCAACCAGCCUAGUGAUGCAACUAUUCCAAAGGGCGUUUCUGCUACAAAAUCGCACAAGUCUACUGAUUCAACUGACAGUAACCCAACCGGCCAGACUACUGGUAUCACCAGUCAUAAUGUGAACCCCGUAGCCAAGCCGACCAAGGUGUCAAAGGAGGCUGAAAGGUUUAUUAUCGCUAUCAAUCUCUGA